UAUCUUCCAUGUCUUGAUUUUCUUUUUAUAUUGAGUUUAUAAUUCCUGUUGAAUGAGAAUAAACUAAAGGAUUAUUGGCUCUUAAUUUCUUUUGUUCAUUUAUAAUUAUGUCAUUUUGAGCAUGUUUGCAAUUUGUUCCAUAACUGUAUUGGUGAAUCUCCAUAUUGGUGGCGGCGGCUUUUAUGUUUCCGGUGAUCACGUGAUUUAUUUGGUUUUCUCUUUCUUUUUCUUUUCUCCUUGUUUUGUUUUUUAUUAUAUAAAAACCCUUUUGGAGACUGCAUAAAGGUCUUUCUUUCCCUCAGUAACAAUGUACUUUGACUGUGAUCUUAUUGAACAUGGAGUAACAAGAAUUCUUAUGGAGAGAAUAGGCUGCUUCAUAGUGGAGCUUAAUAAUGAUAGGCCUUUCGAUGGAUGAAAAAGAUUGAAAUUUGAUUGAUCACUAUUUCAUCUUCUUGGUUUUGAGAGCUAAUCCAGAGUCCCUCUAAGUCAGUAUGUGAUUUGUACAGAAAAAAGGUGUUUCUAAAUGAUAUUAAUAAAUUAACUGUUAAAAUCAGUUCUUAACACUGUCUAACUUUUUGUUUAGCAUUUGUAUAUAUAUGAUUCUUACUAUAGUUUCAAUGUACUAAUCAAGGUGGGGUAUGAUGUGUGUGGGAGUGAUUCCUGAACAUUUGUGAAGAGAAGAUGGAGCAUUUGUUGUUAUGUUAUUUUCAACUCUCUCUCCAUGAGGUUGAGGUCCCUUUGUGGGGGAAGUUAAAGUGGACUAGUCCCUUUAAGGACCAUUAUUCACUUUGGCUUAUUAGAAAAGUAUCACAAUACCACUGCCCAGUGUUGUUGCUGUAGCCCCCUCUUCCUUUCUCUUGAUGGGAAAAGUGCUUGUCUGGUCAGCAUUACUUUAUAUUCCACAUACAUCUAUAAAUAUCCAUUCAUCUCUCUCUCUCUCUCUCUCUCUGCUUUUGAUGGUAAUUCUACAAAAGCCUGUGGACCGUUGAUUGGGAUCUUUCUUGCAAUAAGCUUCAAGAAAGAAAAAGUUUGGGAACUAAAGAACUGCAAAAUAAAAAUAGGGACAAAGUUCUGGAGGAAACCCAUUAAUUUCCCUUCUUUUUAUGAGCUUUAUUUGUGUAUUUAUAUAUAUAUAUAUAUAUAUAUAUAUUUAGAUAUUAAAUUUGUUUUUGGAUUAUUUCUUGUAAGUUUUAUCAUUAGUUUUUUUUAAGGGUAGCUAAUUAUUCUUUACUUUUGAAAAGUCUCACUGAUUGUUUAUAAUUUGCCACUAUGUCAUUUGCAAGGCUUUGACUGCCCAAAUAUUGAAGAACAAAACUCUGGAGCUAGCGCAUUAUGUCUCUUCUUUUGAUAAUUUUGUUCUUUAAAAUAUCAUUACGUUUUCUUUUUGUUGUGUAUGAAAUAUUAUUUAUUCUUUUAUUAUUCUCUACUGUUGAAAAGUCUCCUGCUUUGAAUGUUAACAGUUUAGCAUUAUAUACUUUGCAAAGCUGACUGCCAAAUUUUGACUUUCUUUUUUGGUUGAUUAGCUGGAUUGCUGUUAUAUCUUGUAGUUUUGGAAAACUUUCUCCCUUUAGAACUCUUGUGAAAUAAAUAUAUAAGGUUUUUUUUUUCUUCUAUUUUACAUAUCAAUCUCAAUAAUGAGUUGCAUUGAGACAGAGAGGUCAACAUUAGAUGGCAGUGACAUUUGAAAUUUACAUGUGUUAGCAAGGUCAAUGUAGUCUAAAGGUGGUCACUGCUUGCCAAAUUUAAACUAGUUGAACGGAGAUCCUAGUCCUUGUAUCCAACUCAAAUUUCGACUUUUUUUUUUCUUUUUCUUUUUUCUUUUCCAAAUUCUUAUAAAACUCAAUUUCAAAUCUAUGAUUAAGUACAUCUGGGAUGAACAAAUUAGUCAUAGGUACAAUUGAACCGGAGUGCUCUUCAAGAGAUCAGGGUUUUCUAGCUGAUGGAAGUUGAUUAGGAGAAUGCCUAAACAUAAUUUAUUGAUGCUCUGUCUCUCUUGUGACUUGGCUAUUUAGACUUUUAAACUUCUUGUGUUUUUGAGCCUACUCUUAGAACUCAAACUAAGUGGUACCUUGCUUUCUAAGAAUUGAGAGUUACAUUUCUUUUCGACUCUUAUCAUUAAACCUUGAGGGUUGCAGCCUCCUAGGAGUUCUACUUCCUUUCAAACAUCUGUUUCUAUUUCAUAGUUUAGGACAGUCACCAUUAUCAGAGGCUAUGGAACUUCUGGAGCAAGUAUGCCUAGAGAAGAAGUUAACCUGAGCCUUCUUAUUUUUGGAGCUGAAUAGUUUUUUAUUUAGCUCCAUGUUUCAAGAAAAACACUGCAGAAUUGCCAUUAUUCUUUCUAUCCUAUGGUAUUCCCCUUUGGCAGUUAUUUUGACAUAGCAAAAUUUUCCCCUAAGGGGAUAUAUGAUUAACUGUUCAAAGAGUAUCUCAAAUGUAUCUCCUGUGGGCUGUAAGAACUUACGUGAAAAUCUCUCUCAAGAGCACCUGUGCAAUAUGCCUGACCACCAUGAAACCAGGACAGGGCCAUGCUAUUUUUACUGCAGAGUGCUCACACUCUUUUCAUUUCCAUUGCAUUACCUCUAAUGUAAAACAUGGAAACCAGAUUUGCCCAGUUUGCCGAGCAAAGUGGAAAGAAGUCCCCUUCCAAAACCCUGCUUCUGAUAUCUCCCAUGGAAGGCAUAGAAUUAAUGCAGCUGGUUGGCCCCGCGAUGAUGCAUGGAUGACUGUUUUAAGGCGGGUACCUCCUGCUCGGCUAGACACGAACCGGCACAUCUCAUCACUUUUUCAUGCCCAAGAACCACCUAUCUUUGAUGAUGACGAAGCCCUAGAUCAGCAACAUGAGAUUGCUCAUAGAAACCUGUCUACAAAAAAUGAUUCUAGUGAUAGCCAUUCAUUGGGCACCAUAGAUGUCAAAACAUAUCCGGAAGUUUCUGCUGUUUCAAGGUCAGCCUCCCAUGAUAAUUUCUGUGUGCUAAUACAUCUUAAGGCUCCUGUUACAAGCAUCAGGCAUAAUAGCAGCAGUAAUCAUAUGGAGUUACCACAAAUGUCGCAAAAUUCUCGUGCUCCAGUUGACCUUGUUACAGUACUUGAUGUUAGUGGCAGCAUGGCAGGUACAAAGCUUGCUUUGCUAAAACGAGCUAUGGGGUUUGUAAUACAGAACCUCGGUCCCUCUGACCGGCUUUCUGUCAUUGCCUUCUCAUCCACAGCCCGCCGGCUUUUUCCUCUCCGUUGUAUGACUGAGGCUGGAAGGCAGGAGGCUUUACUGUCUGUUAAUUCUCUGGUCUCUAAUGGUGGAACAAACAUUGCUGAAGGGCUGAGAAAAGGUGCCAAGGUGAUAGUAGAUCGAAAAUGGAAAAAUCCAGUUGCCAGUAUUAUUUUGUUAUCUGAUGGACAGGACACAUAUACCGUCACUAGUCCUAGUGGAAUGAAUCCUAGAGCAGAUUACAAGUCCCUUCUCCCGAUAUCAAUUCAUCGAAAUGGUGGCACAGGUCUGAAGAUUCCUGUGCAUUCAUUUGGGUUUGGGGCAGAUCAUGAUGCUGCCUCAAUGCAUUCAAUCUCUGAGAUAUCUGGGGGCACAUUUUCAUUCAUAGAAGCUGAGGGUGUAAUUCAGGAUGCAUUUGCACAGUGCAUCGGAGGGCUCUUGAGUGUGGUGGUGCAAGAGCUACAGGUCAAAGUUGAGUGUAAUCACCCGAGUUUGCGAAUUGGUUCAAUAAAAGCAGGUAGCUAUUCGACCAAUGUCAUCGGCAACGCAAGAAUGGGUUCUGUUGAUGUUGGAGACCUGUAUGCUGAAGAAGAAAGAGAUUUUUUGGUGACAAUCAAUGUUCCAGUUGAUAGGUCCAGUGAUCAGAUGUCAUUACUGAAGGUUGGAUGCGUCUACAAAGAUCCGAUUACAAAAAAUGUGUUGACCUUGGAUAGAGCUAGUCUAGUAAAAAUCCAAAGGCCAGAAAAAAUUGGUGCACAAGUAGUGUCAAUGGAAGUGGAUAGGCAGAGAAAUAGGCUUCGUGCGGCAGAGGCAAUGGCUGAAGCUAGAGCUGCUGCUGAAAAUGGUGAUUUAGCUCGUGCUGUCUCUGUCCUUGAGAGCUGUUAUAAGUCAUUGUCAGAAACUGCAUCUGCACAAGCUGGUGACAGAUUGUGCGUUGCAAUAUGUGCCGAGUUAAAGGAGAUGCAAGAAAGGAUGGCAAAUCGCCAAGUAUAUGAAGCAUCUGGUAGGGCUUAUGUUCUCUCAGGUUUGAGUUCACACUCGUGGCAGAGAGCAACUGCCCGAGGUGAUUCAACUGAUAGUACAAGCCUUGUGCAAGCUUACCAAACCCCAUCAAUGGUCGAUAUGGUAACACGGUCUCAGACUAUGUUGUUAGGAAACCCAUCGUCCCAUCGGAAACUUAGGCAAGCUCUGUCGUUUCCUGCUGCCAGACCUCAACCAAGGUAAUCGGUGGCGGAAUCUCUGAAAGUUCUCCUCACCCUACAUUCAUCUAUUCUAUAUCCAAGAACCUUUGUCUAGUUAAAUUUUGUCUUUGUUUUCAUUUCCUCAUUUGUUGUUGGGAAUUGGGCUAGAAAUGGAAAGAGAGGAGGGAGUCGGUUUUGAAAAUUGUGGGUAUAUUUUCCUUGUUCUGUUAAUGUAAAUGAAUAAGAUAUUGGGGGGGAUAGAAUGAGAUGAGUUGAAGAGAAAAAUGGUGAAAGGAAAAGGUUGGGGUUUAGGGUUUUUACUUAGUCUCAUUAUGUACAUAAGGAAAAAUUGGUGUUUAUUUUUAUUUUUUCUUUUGGCAUUUCCUAAGAGGAAAGGGAGUGGGGGGGUAUAGCCUUUGUAACUGUGGGGAUACUUGGGGUGAAUUCUUCUCUUAAGAUAUAAUAUCUGCUCUUGAUUCUUUUGAA